CAACAUGGGAUUAAUUCUACUCCUUCAAGUAAUGAGAGGCAAGAAUUUAUUCAAGAUCCAUUAGAUGGACAAAAUGCGAAAAGUUGCGCUGCACCAUGUAAAGUUUGUAAAGAAAGUGAGUAG